AUGGAGAAUCUCAAUGAGACGAUCAACAGCACUUUCAAUGGAACAGCCAACGCAACUGCCGUUCAUCAGGACUAUGUGCGAGAUGCGGUCCUGACCACGGUCAGCUGCACAAUGCUUGUUAUUGGUUUGCCCAUCACAUUAAUUGCGGUUUACGGUCUCUGUUUCUCUAUCAAACCUGACCAUGUCGCUCCUGUGUAUGUCCUCAACCUUAUGAUCUCUGAUGUGGCACAGCUCUUCGGCAACGCUCUCUACUGGGCUGCGUUCAAAGGGACAUACACGUAUGCGCUUUACAUCACAGGACUGUUAGCAAGCACUUGGUUCAUGGGGUGCAUUGCCGUCGAGAGGUACACUAUGAUCGCUUAUCCUGUGUUCUACAGAUACCAUCGAACACUCAAGAAAGCCUGCCUUGUGUCUGCCACUGUGUGGAUGGCAGCCAUCUUUAUGGUGGUAUUAUGUGACCAGGUAGACGUGGUUGACAAGUACCGAGCCUUGCCCUUUGCGCUCCCCUUCCCCUUGCUAGUGUUUCCGCUCUUCCGAACGUGGAGGGUCCUCUCAAAGUCCCGCUCUGUGUCUCGCCAGCAGCAGCGUAGAGUUUUACUUACCCUAGGCCUUGUGUUGUGCACCUAUGUGGUCUUUUUCCUGCCCUACAUUGUGAUGGAUCUUCUCAUACUAUGUAUUCGACACACCCAGGCUCUUCAGCAUCUCCAUAUGUUUACAGAGGUCUUCAUGUCCCUGAACCCCUUGCUAGACCCGGUCUUCUACGUCUUCAUGCGGAGGGACGCUAAGGACAUUUUCCUGGCUUUCCCAUGGCUCAGACGUUUCAGAAAGUGCAGAGAGAUGUUAGAGACCAACACCACGGACGACACAACAGUAAGUGGAGCUGGAGCACAGCCCUCUAUAAAAUCAAGAAAACAAUUACGAGAUCCAUCAAAAGAUGAAAUGAUCCAAGCACCGCAAACUCAAAUCAUUGAUCUUGACAAUUGA